AUGGUCUACUUCUUCUUGGGCCACUAUAGCAGCCCCGGCGCUCCUGAACUACCUGCUUUUGCCAACGCUUCAAAAACCCUGUGUCCGACGGUUAUGGAGAUCUGCGCAGAGCGAUCCGGAGGCGAAAUCUACGGCUCGACUGCAGCGAUGCAGACUUCCUGCUCCCAACAACUUAGCGACGGAGUUGGGGACAGGCCAAAACUUGCGGAUGAGGACAAGGCCUUCUGGAGCUUAGUGGAGCAUCCUUGGCUGCUCUUGACCCAGUUUAUCGGCACCGCUCUGCUCACUCAUCUGAUUUCCGACAUCGUUAGGGGGCGGCGUGCCCUGAAGGUGGGGAGAAAUGGAGGAUGGGAGUUGACUAAAGUGACGCAAGAGCAGGUGGAGAGACGUCAAAUGGAGGUGGACACAUUGGUCCAGGAUACAAAAGAGGCGCUCAAAGAGCUUGCUGCUGCCGUCGACAAACCUCAUGGGAAGAGGGGUGAUGAGAGCUGA